GGGGUCCGCCGCCGGGACUUGAGGAUGGGGGAGUAGCUGCAGGAAGCGACCCCGCUACACCGAGAUUGACAUUUUGGGAGACAAUUUCAUGACGCUUGAUGCACUCUUGGAGUAAUGUGAACAGAACUUCUCCAACUUGCAUAUUAUAUCAGCUGGAACCAGCAGUGUAUUUUAAUGUUCACUUAAAUCCUAACUUGUAUAAGAAAAAGAAUGGAAGUCUGGUUAAAUAAAAAUGACUAUGUCAGAGACUUGAAAAGGAUCAUUCUUUGUUUUCUAAUAGUAUAUAUGGCCGUUUUAGUGGGCACAGAUCAGGAUUUUUACAGUUUACUUGGAGUAUCCAAAACUGCAAGCAGUAGAGAAAUAAGACAAGCUUUCAAGAAAUUGGCAUUGAAGCUACAUCCUGAUAAAAACCCGAAUAACCCAAACGCACAUAGUGAUUUUUUAAAAAUAAAUAGAGCAUAUGAAGUACUCAAAGAUGAAGAUCUGCGGAAAAAGUACGACAAAUACGGAGAAAAGGGACUUGCAGAUAAUCAAGAAGGAGGCCAGUAUGAAAGCUGGAAUUAUUAUCGUUAUGAUUUUGGUAUUUAUGAUGAUGAUCCUGAAAUCAUAACACUGGAUAGAAGAGAAUUUGAUGCUGCUGUUAAUUCUGGAGAACUUUGGUUUGUGAACUUUUACUCCCCAGGAUGUUCACACUGCCAUGAUUUAGCUCCCACAUGGAGAGACUUUGCUAAAGAAGUGGAUGGAUUACUUCGAAUUGGUGCUGUUAACUGUGGUGAUGAUAGAAUGCUUUGCCGAAUGAAGGGAGUCAACAGUUAUCCCAGCCUCUUCAUUUUUAGGUCUGGAAUGGCUGCAGUGAAAUAUCAUGGUGACAGAUCAAAGGAAAGUUUAGUGAGUUUUGCCAUGCAGCAUGUUAGAAGCACCGUGACAGAAUUAUGGACAGGGAAUUUUGUUAACUCCAUACAAACUGCUUUUGCUGCUGGUGUUGGCUGGCUGAUCACUUUUUGUUCCAAAGGAGGAGAUUGUUUGACUUCACAGACACAACUCAGGCUCAGUGGCAUGUUGGAUGGUCUUGUUAAUGUAGGAUGGAUGGACUGUGCCACCCAGGACAACCUUUGUAAAAGUUUGGAUAUUACAACAAGUACUACUGCCUAUUUUCCUCCUGGAGCCACUUUAAGUAACAAAGAGAAAAGCAGUGUUUUGUUCCUUAAUUCAUUGGAUGCUAAAGAAAUAUAUUUGGAAAUAAUGCAUAAUCUUCCAGAUUUUGAACUACUUUCGGCAAACACACUAGAGGAUCGGUUGGCUCAUCAUCGGUGGCUCAUAUUUUUUAAUUUUGGAAAACAUGAAAAUUCAAAUGAUCCUGAAUUGAAGAAACUAAAAACUCUACUUAAAAAUGAACAUAUUCAAGUUGGCAAGUUUGACUGUUCCUCUGCACCAGACAUCUGUAGUAAUCUGUAUGUGUUUCAGCCAUGUCUAGCAGUAUUUAAAGGACAAGGAACCAGGGAAUACGAAAUUCAUCAUGGAAAGAAGAUUCUAUAUGAUAUACUUGCCUUUGCCAAAGAAAGCGUUAAUUCUCAUGUUACCACACUUGGACCUCAAAAUUUUCCUGCCAAUGACAAGGAACCGUGGCUCGUUGAUUUUUUUGCCCCAUGGUGUCCACCGUGUCGAGCUUUAUUGCCAGAGUUACGAAAAGCAUCAAAGCAUCUUUACGGUCAGCUUAAGUUUGGUACACUAGAUUGUACAGUUCAUGAGGGACUCUGUAACAUGUAUAACAUUCAGGCUUAUCCAACAACAGUGGUUUUCAACCAGUCCAAUGUUCAUGAAUAUGAAGGACAUCACUCUGCUGAACAGAUCUUGGAAUUCAUAGAGGAUCUUAUGAAUCCUUCAGUGAUCACCCUGACACCCACCACUUUCAAUGAACUAGUUAAACAGAGAAAACAGGACGAAGUCUGGAUGGUUGAUUUCUAUUCUCCUUGGUGUCAUCCAUGUCAAGUCCUAAUGCCAGAAUGGAAAAGAAUGGCCCGGACAUUAACUGGACUGAUCAAUGUGGGCAGCAUAGACUGCCAACAGUAUCAUUCUUUUUGUGCCCAAGAAAAUGUUCGGAGAUACCCUGAGAUAAGAUUUUUCCCCCAAAAAUCAAAUAACGCUUAUCAGUAUCAUAGUUACAAUGGAUGGAAUAGAGAUGCUUAUUCCCUGAGAAUUUGGGGUCUAGGAUUCUUACCUAAAGCAUCCAUAGAUCUAACGCCUCAGACUUUCAAUGAAAAAGUUAUACAAGGGAAAAAUCACUGGGUGGUUGAUUUCUAUGCUCCUUGGUGUGGACCUUGCCAAAAUUUUGCUCCAGAGUUUGAGCUUUUGGCUAGGAUGGUUAAAGGAAAAGUGAAAGCUGGGAAAGUAGACUGUCAGGCUUAUGCUCAAACAUGCCAGAAAGCUGGCAUCAGAGCCUAUCCAACUGUUAAAUUUUUUCCCUAUGAAAGAACAAAGAGAAAUAUUUGGGGAGAGCAAAUAGAUGCCAGAGAUGCAAAAGAGAUUGCUACCCUAGUAUAUGAAAAACUGAAAAAUCUCCAAAAUCAUGGAAAGAGAGAUAAGGAUGAACUUUAAUGAUGUUGAAGAUGAAAAAAGAGAAGGAAUUCUAACAAAUGACAUCAGAAGACAUCUUUUUAGGAUGUUACUACAUUCUUGGUGGGAAUAAAUGAACAUUAUCUUGGA